AUGAAUCAAGACAUUAUUAUAGAAACAUCAUCAUCUCAUAUACUCUUAGAUAUUCCUAUGUCAAUAAGUUCGCAUCUUUUGUCAGUUGAACCAAUUAAUAAACCAUUUAAACUUCCUGAAUCAAAAUUAUUACAACAAUCAGAAUUUUUAAUUUUUAAACAUAAAUAUUGGGAAAAUGAAAUUAUUGAAGCACUAGAACAAAUACAUCAUAUUAGAAAAAAUAAAAAAUGGACAUUAAAACGAAAUAUAUUAACAAAUGAAAAAAUAAAAGUAUUGGAAGCUCUUGAAAAUAAUAUUUUUUUAAAUUCACUAUAUUCAUAUAAUAUUCUAAAAUCAGUAAAACUCCUUGGAGGAGAAUUAAAUGAGUUAGAAUUAAAAAACAAUAAUUAUAAUUGGAUAGAUAUCUAUAACCGCAUAGUUACUAAUUCAGAUAUUUUUUCAAGAUCUAUUAAUAUUUCAAACAAUAUUUUUCAUAUUCCUCCUAAAUCAUCAUUUAUUCUAGGAAAUUUAGAAAUUAACAUAGAUUCAUUAGUUAAUUUUACUCAUAAAAAAGGAGCAUUUGAUAUUAUUAUAUUUGAUCCACCAUGGAGAAACAAAUCAUCAACUAGAAAAGGUGCAUAUUCUUCACUAAAAUCCAACUAUUUUUUAAUGAAGAUACCUAUAGAAAAGUUAUUAACAAAAAAAGGUUUCAUUGGUAUAUGGGUUACCAACAAGAAGUCUAUUCAUCAUUUUGUAGAAAAUAAACUGUUCAAAAAAUGGAAAAUGGUUAAAUGUGGUACAUGGUGCUGGUUAAAAGUCACAGAUAUAGGCGAACCUAUUUUUAACAUUCACUCAUUUAACAGAAAACCGUUUGAAGAAAUAAUAUUUGCACAAUUUAUAAUAGAACCAGAAAAAAUACAAUUCCCAAAAAGAAUAAUAGCAGCAGUUCCUGACUUACAUUCAAGAAAACCAUGCAUUAAAAAUUUAUUAAAUUCACUAAUCCAGGAUUAUAAAGGUUGUGAAAUCUUUUCUAGAAAUUUAAUUCCUGGGUGGUUUAGUAUUGGAAAUCAAACAUUAAAAGCUCAAUGGGAUAAAUGGAAUGUUAAUUAUAAUUCUGACACAAAAGAUGACAUUCAAAACAUUUAG